UCACUGUAGCCGUGGCUCCGCCCCCCCGACCGGGCGGAAGUGGAGGGUCGGCCGCUGGAGCACGCCGGAAGUGGCGGUGUCGGUUUCCGGCGGCUCCGUGGCAGGGCGGGCGGCGGGCGCGGCCAUGGUGUUGCUCACGAUGAUCGCCCGUGUGGCGGACGGGCUCCCCCUGGCCGCCUCCAUGCAGGAGGACGAGCAGUCAGGCCGCGACCUGCAGCAGUACCAGAGCCAAGCGAAGCAGCUCUUCCGCAAGCUGAACGAGCAGUCCCCGACGAGAUGCACCCUGGAGGCGGGAGCCAUGGCUUUCCACUACAUCAUCGAGAAGGGGGUGUGUUACCUGGUCCUGUGUGAAGCUGCAUUCCCCAAGAAACUGGCCUUUGCAUAUCUGGAAGACUUGCACUCAGAGUUUGAUGAGCAGCAUGGCAAGAAGGUUCCAACAGUCUCCAGGCCCUAUUCCUUCAUUGAAUUUGACACCUACAUCCAGAAAACCAAGAAGCUCUACAUUGAUAGCCGGGCGAGGAGGAACCUGGGCUCCAUCAACACAGAGCUGCAAGAUGUGCAGAGGAUUAUGGUGGCCAACAUUGAGGAAGUCUUACAGCGAGGAGAGGCACUUUCAGCUCUUGAUUCCAAGGCCAACAACCUGUCCAGUUUGUCCAAGAAGUACCGUCAGGACGCCAAGUACCUGAACAUGCGUUCCACAUACGCCAAGCUGGCGGCCGUAGCUGUGUUUUUUAUCAUGCUGAUCGUCUACGUGAGGUUCUGGUGGCUGUGAGCUGGUUCGGUCAUGGAAGAGGGAAAGCCGGUAGCCUGGCAGGUGUAUGUGUGCAGGACACUGUUCAUGGGGGAUGUGCAUUAGAAUCCACACAGGACCAUCACCUUUACCGGAGUGUCCUGAGAUUGUUAGGUGACACCUGACUGCUGCAUCUCUCAGUGGAGCCUAACAAUAGGUGUAAAGGCUUGUUGACUGCAGGCUUUUCCUCUGAGGCAGUUUGCACUAGGGUACUGCAGAGUUUGGCCUCCCACGGUUCUCCCCCCUCCCGGGGCACUCUGAGAACAGUCAAUCAGUGCAGUUUAGCAUAAUCACAUUGUAUGUCCUCCUGUUGAGUAGCUCUAUUGGGAACUGGACUCUAAUGAACAUUCCUUGUGUUGGUAAUGUUAGCUUUUUUAGAAUCUGGGUCUGCAGUUAUUUUUAUUUCUUUCUCUUUCAAGACUACCCUGUUUGAAGGCAAAUACUGCACUGUACAUAAACCAGCUUUCACCUCUGUCAGAAUACCUAUUGAGUUUUCUGUGUCUUGACAUCUUGGCUUGUUACACUUUAAGUUGCUAUAGGAAGAAAUGGAUGUUAAACUAUGCCUUAAAAUACGUUCUGUCUAGUACUAGGAGGGGCAAUGGAAGGCUUCUGUAUUACUGAUUCCUGAAAAAUUAAAUUACAGGUUUUCUAAGUGUCCACUUUCCCUCUCCUGACAGCUGUGUGUGACAGUAUGUUUCCACAUGAACGGGGUGUGUAAUUCAGUGCUGUUUGAGCGGGCACAGUGCAAACUAUGUCAGCACUCUUUACUUUUUCCUUUUAUCUGCAGAUUCACUACAUCGUUUCCUUCCUUUUUGUAACUGUGCUUUCCUUCCAAAAUGUGUCAAAACUGCCAGCAUUUCAUCUCUGGGAUCCUUGUUUUCUUUCUCCCUCUUUCCCUCACCAAAACAACCAAAAAAACCUAAACUCUGAAUGUUGUGAAGAAAAGGCAGUGUUUCUUUAAAGAACAUUUGAAUUUUACAUGAAGGAUUAGGAUGACUUUAAAAUAGUGGAAUUCUUUGGAAACACCAACUUUUUUUCCCUGUGGUCACCCUCUCCCUACCUCACUUGGGAAGUUGAAACUGUAGGUGAAGAAAAACUCAUUAUGGGGCAAUAGUAUAGAGCUUCUUUCUUAUGGGCCAAUCUAUAUAUUACGAGUGUAAUAUGAUUUUUUUAAAAAUUGUUUUUUUGGUCCACUUGUGCUAAGAGUAACAUUUUACCAGUCAGCUUUUGGUUUUAUUAAAAAAUAAAAAGAGAGAGAAAAAAAAUCCCACAGCUCAGGCACUCUUCUGCAGGCAGUGUCACAGAAGGAAGUUUCAGAACUUCCCAGCACCUCUUACAAGCACAUAAUCUUAUGUAGUUCUGGAUGUACAAGCUGUGACCUGGAAGUGUUUCCUGCCACCGGGUGGGAAACAGAGCUGUUGUCCUGUCUGGGAAUGCUCCCCAGCUUGGUGUUGGACUGUCAGGGAAGCAGUUAGCACUCAUCCACUGAUAAACCCAGCAAAUCUGAGCUGCCACAUAGUCUGAAGUAAUCCAGUUUCUGCAUGAUGCCUCCAAGUGUUACUUUGUAGGUUGCUUUUAUUAUAAUUAUUAUUAUUUUAAAUCCUUCUGAGUGGUGUCCCUAACAGGUGAAUGUCCCAGUGAUGUAGGUCUGUGUAAUGUAGGUGCUGGAAGGUCUUACCAUUCAGACACCGACUGUCUGUGGAUUGUUGUGAUUGAGGAGGGUGAUGUUCCUGCAGCACGGGGCAACUUGGGGAGCAGCUGCCUCCUGCAGCCCCCGUGUCAGCAGUGAAAUAAAUGCUCCUGAAAAUCCCCUCUGCA